CACAGUGGAAAGCCAAGUUUUUGAAAGAAGGCGGAGCUCACACUGUUGUGGCCAGUUGUAGAGUUCCCUCGGUUCUCCUCCAGACCGUCCAGCAGUCGAAAAUUUUGAAGACAAAAUACUUUGUUAUGGUGCAGCGAUCCUACAGGUUGACGCAGGCGAUCAUCGCUACUGCAGUCGCCAUUAUUCUCACCUGUCACCUGUGGCUGAUUGCAUUCCCCUCUGGUGAGUUGACGAAGGCAAUCAGUCAGGACCAAUCAAAGGGCCACUCGGCAGAACAUGCCGUCAAAAUUGUCCAAUGGCAACACGGUUAUCUCGAGGCCAUCGAUAACCGACGCAUCGUUAUGCACGAAACGAGUGGGCGCGGCUGUUUGAACGCCAGGCAAAGCUGCGCCAUCGAAUCAGCUGCUAAGAACAAUCCAACCCGUUCAGUUCAACUGUUUAUGCGACAGCCAUUUGAGGACAGCGGAUCUCGGUCAGACGCUUGGCUCAACGUAUUGCGAAGUUACAAUAACGUGGAAAUCAUCCAACUGUCAGACGAAAUGCAAUACUUCAACAACACGGCCCUCUUUGGCUGGUACAUGUCAGCAAAAUGGCAGCAAAAUGGCACCCAAUUGUCAGAUUAUUUCCGUUCCGUUUCGCUUUUCAGAGGUGGCGGCCUCUUGCUCGACUUGGAUAGCGUCGUCACCAUCAAGCCUCUCAAUUGGAUGAAAUGGAACAAUUUUUUCGUCGUUAAGCGCAGCGAUAGAAACAGCCUGGACGGUAGAGUCACUGCUAAGAUGUUGCAUUUGAUUCACGGUCAUCAUUUGAUAGACGAAGUGAUCCUGAACAUGGCCAAUAUGGACUCGAAAGAAGCACCGAACGGCAGACGGUUUGGGGCGGCGAUAGAGGCCAGCGUGAGUCGAAUCUGCGGGGUCAAUGAGCCGGAUGAACAUUUUGAAAAUCGAUGCCUAGAUGUCCGAUUCAUUGACGAAGAAGACGUCUUCUUGCCGUCUUUAAAUUCGUCUCAUUGGCGUCGGAUGAGACUCGCGAUAACUAGCGGAACUGAAGAUGAAAUGAUCAAGAAAUCUGUAGAGGCCCAUGGUGCUGUUUUGGUGACGUGGGAUUCAAUGGGAUACAUGAAACGAAAUCUACGUGAUUCGGUGUACUCGAGUCUGUUGGCGAACCAUUGUCCAUUCACGUUGGCCGCAUCCAUUAACUUCCCCUGUUGAAUUGUUAAAAAUAAAAGAAACACGUUCGAUCACA